AUGGCGACUCUGGUUUCCAGAAUUCUGUUUCUAUGUGCUUUUCUCCCUUCAGUGGCACAAUGCGCCACUAAAACGUACGACUUUGAUGUAUCGUGGGUAUCUGCGAACCCGGACGGGCUGCAAGAGCGUUCCGUCAUUGGUAUCAAUGGACAAUGGCCGAUUCCUACUAUCAAUGUCACCAAGGGCGACCAGGUCAUCGUUAACGUGAAGAACUCACUGGGGAAUGAGUCCACAAGCCUGCAUUUCCAUGGCUUGUAUCAAAAUGGAACAACGCAUAUGGAUGGCCCUGCUCAAGUCUCUCAGUGUGCCAUCAUGCCUGGUAGCACUUUCACGUACAAUGUCACCGUCGACCAACCGGGUACGUACUGGUACCAUUCUCAUGUUCGGGGACAGUAUCCGGAUGGUCUCCGUGGAGCCUUCAUAGUGAACGACCCGGAGGACCCGCAUAAGGAUCUCUACGAUGAGGAAAUCGUGCUCACCUUCUCCGACUGGUACCAUGAGCACAUGCCUGAUCUUCUGGCAAGCUUCAUCAACAUCGCCAAUCCUUCAGGUGCCGAGCCGGUACCGGACUCUGCGCUUGUCAAUGAGACGCAGAACCUUGCCGUCAAGAUCGAGCCUGGGAAGAGGUACAAGUUCCGCAUCAUCAACAUGGGAGCUUUCGCAGCACAGUACAUCUGGUUCGAGGGUCACACGAUGCAAGUUGUCGAAGUAGACGGCGUCUAUACUGAACCCGCUGAUGCUGAGAUGAUCUACGUAACUGUUGCACAGCGCUGGAGCGUCAUUGUCACCGCGAAGAAUGACACUAACGCCAACUUCGCGUUUGUAGGGAGCAUGGACGAGGAUCUUUUUGAUACUGUUCCUGAUGGUCUGAACCCCAACGUGACUGGUUGGCUAGUGUACGAUGACUCCAAGGAGAAACCGGCUCCUAAGGAGAUCGAUAGCUUCGAGCCCUUCGACGAUUUUGACCUCGUGCCUCAAGACAAAGAGGAGCUCUACGAUCACGUUGAUUAUCAGAUCCAACUCGAUGUGAAGAUGGAUAAUCUUGAUGACGGAGCCAACUACGCUUUCUUCAACGACCAAACCUACGUCGCCCCCAAAGUCCCAACCCUCUACACCGUCCUCUCAACGGGUCCGAACGCCACCAACCCUGAAAUCUACGGCUCCCACACCAACCAGUUCGUUCUCGACCAGAACCAAGUUGUCGAGAUCGUCCUCAACAACGACGACCCAGGAAAGCACCCCUUCCACUUGCACGGCCACGCCUUCCAAGUCGUUCACCGCAGCGGCGACGACGCAGGCUUCUACGACGCAUCCAACCACUCCUCCUUCCCCGCUACGCCUAUGCGCCGCGACACGAUCCUCGUCCACCCCAACGGCAACAUCGUCCUGCGCUUCCGGUCAGACAAUCCGGGUGUGUGGCUCUUCCACUGCCACAUUGAGUGGCAUGUAGCAUCUGGCCUCAUCGCGACUAUCAUCGAGGCGCCGCUCGAAGUGCAGAAACAACUCUCUGGCAAGAUACCGCAGGAUCACCUGCAGGCGUGUAAAGCGGGCAAUGUCCUGAUGGAAGGCAACGCUGCUGGCAACACGGUAGAUGUGCUAGACCUGAAGGGCGAGACAAGCUUCCCUGGGCCGAUACCCGCUGGAUUUACGGCGCGAGGCAUUGUGGCGUUGGUAUUCAGUUGCGUCGCAGCAUUUCUAGGCAUGGGCGUGAUCGGCUGGUACGGCAUGGCGCCCAUCAAGGCGAAGACUGUGUGA